AUGGGCAAAGAUCAGGUCAAGUUAGACGUUGCAUCUUUUGGAAGGAGGAUCAAAUUCCUUUAUUCUAUAUGGCUUGAGGAGAACGCCACAUACGAUAACAGGAAUGUGUUCAAAAACUUAAGAGAGGUAGACCUUCUGUAUGUUUUGUGUGGAAAAGGUUCUUCUAGAGAGGAUGGAGUAAUUUAUAAGAGUAUGACACUCCAUUAUUGGCUAUUUGGCUUCGAAUUUUCUGACACAUUAAUUUUGUUUUUCCGUAAAAAGAAGCUUUUAAUAGUAACAAGUCAAAAGAAGGUAUCAAUCCUACAACAACUAGUAGAAGGAUCUUCAAAUAAUUUCCCAGAUAUAGAGCUAAUUCUAAUUGAGAGGAAGGGUGAUCUGAAAGAAUCAUUUGAGAGUUAUAAGGAACUUAUUUCAAGCAUCUCGGAAGCUACAAAUAUGAUUGGAAGAAUAGAGGCAAUUGGAUUGCAGGACGGCCAGUUUGCAUCACAGUGCGAAGAAUUGUUUUCAGGUGAUAACCUAUUCAGCAACAAGGAAUCUCUGAUGGUGACAACAUCAGUAGACUACCUUCUGUGCCACAAAGACGAAGUAGAGCUGGAACUAUGCAAAAAGGCCGCUGUUUUGUCCGUUCAAAUGUUGAAAGGAGUGCUACUCCAGAGAAUCGAGACUAUCUUGGAUAAGGAACUGAAAGAGUCACAUAAGAGUAUUGGAAGGCGUGCAGAAGCUGCUUUGGAUGAUAAGACGAUUAACAACACUUGGAAAACAAAGUAUGGUUUGGAUCCAGAAGACAUAGAUUUGGUCUAUUCUCUUGUACAAAGUGGGUCUAAUUUUGAUCUAAAAGCUGUGGAGAACUCUGAUGAAAACUUGUGCCUGACAUCAGGCUGUAUAAUAUUAAGUGUUGGAUCAAAGUAUAGAGAGUACUGUGCAAACAUUACAAGGACGUAUUUUUUAAACUUGACUGAGGAACAGAAGAAACUUUAUAACUAUUGCUUAGAGCUCAUGGAAACUUUAACUUCAAGAAUAAAGGAAGGAACUUCUUUUAUUGAUUUAUAUUCUGGUAUUUACCAGAAAAUAGUUGAGGAAAAAGGAACUGAGCUUGCUCAAAAGUUUGUUAAGAUUAUGGGACAUUGUAUCGGAAUUGAGUUCAGAGACCCAUCCUUGAUAAUCAGCCCAAGAUCGUCCCCUGAUGUCUUAGUAAAGAAAGGAAUGACUUUAAAUUUGUCGAUAGGCUUCAAUAAUUUGGAUUCCAAUGGUAAAAAGUAUGCAAUUUGGAUUUGUGAUACUGUAUUUUUAUCUGAAGAAGGAAAGGUGGAAGUCCUGACUCAGGGUUGUAGUAAGAAACUGGAGCAUGUUUCAUACGAACUAGAUGAUGAAGAGCCUGAAGAAAAGAAGCCUGUUGUAAAGAAGGAAAAGACUCCAAAAGUUAAAAAGGAAAAGCCAGCAAAAAAGCAGGUUGAUGAGUCUGAGGAUGAAUUUGAUGAUGAUGAGACAGAAGAAGACAGUGAAGAUGAUAUCAAGGACGAUCGACAUCAAAAAUCAAAAAUCAAAGAUUCAGAGGUUAAAAGAGAAAGGAGGUCGAAGGAAGACUUAAUAAUUGAGGAUAGGCUAAGAAGAACAACCAGAAGAGUAAAUAACUCAGAACAUUCGGAAGAACUCAAGGAGAUAGAAAAUAGGCAAAGAGAACUUAGAAAACGCAAACUUCUUGAGCUUCAGAAGCGAUUUGGAGGUAAAAAGGAGGAAAAAAGUGACCAAAAAGGGGAUAUUUCGGACUCAGAAGAGGACUUUUUUAACUCUAAGAUUUCAAGUUACAAGUCUGUUAAAGAGUAUCCUAAAGAGAGAAGUUCAAAUAGAAUAUAUGUUGACACAGCAAAAGAGACUAUUCUUGUGCCAAUUUAUGGUCUAUUAGUUCCUUUCCACGUUAGACUACUUAAAAAUGUUGUCUGUACUCAGGAAGAAGGAAGGAAGUCUUUUGUGUUGAGAAUUAAUUUUCUGUUACCAACAGGAAUUUCUUUGGAACAGUUGCCAAGCACUUUAAAGACCCCUGUAUUUAUCAAAGAAUUGAUGAUUCGUUCUGAAGAUGGGAAAACAUUGAAUACAGUUUUUCGAAGUAUUAAAGAGUUAAUUAAAAGAUUUAAACAAAAAGGUACACUUGAGGAGGAGAUGGCAGAGCAAGAUAUGAUAAAAAAUCAGCAGCCAAUUGACUUUAACAGGUCUAAACAAAGAGUGGUUCUUAAGGAUGUUGGAAUCAGACCUACAAUAGGACAGGGUAGACGUCAACAUGGUAUAUUAGAGGCCCACAACAAUGGAUUCAGAUUUAGCUCAUCCAAAGGUGAAACAAUUGAUAUUUUAUAUACCAGCAUUAAACAUGCGAUCUUUCAACCUGUGGAGAAUGAUCUCAUUGUAAUUUUACAUUUACAUCUUAAACAUUCAAUUUGGCUUGGAAAAAAGAAAACCCAGGACAUACAGUUUUACUCAGAGGUUGGGAACCAGAUCGAUGACUUAGAACAGAGAAGAGGCAGGAAUGUAUACGAUCCAGAUGAAAUAAUGGAAGAACAACGUGAACGUGAGACAAAGAAAAGAUAUAACCUUGAGUAUAAAAAAUUCAUACAGGGAAUCGAGGAGCUUAGUAAGAAUAGUUUUGAGGCAGAGAUACCAUAUAGAGAUCUUGGAUUCUAUGGUGUACCCGGAAGGGCUGGAGUUUCAAAUGUCCAGCUAUUUCCUACGGCAUCUUGCCUUGUUCAUUUAUUAGAGUUCCCACCAUUUGUGCUUUCAUUAGAUGAGAUUGAAGUUGUUUCGUUUGAGAGAGUUGAGCAGGGACUCCGCAACUUUGAUAUGAUUUUUGUCCCUAAAGACUAUACAAAACCUGUUAAACGAGUUGACUCGAUUCCUAUCGAAUAUUUCGACCUAAUUAAACGUUGGCUUAACGAAAUGGAGAUUGUGUACUAUGAAGGAAGGCAAAACCUUAACUGGAAUGCUGUAUUAAAAACUAUUUUGAGUGAUAUUGAGGACUUCGUACAGAAUGGAGGCUUUAACGGCUUCUUAGGUGAGGAUAGUGACGAAGGAGAGGAUGGAAGCGACGAAGAAGAUGAUGAUGAGGAUGAGGAGUAUUCCGAAAGUGAUGAAGACGAGGAUGAUGAUGAUGAUGACGACGAUGAUGACGAAGAUCUUUCGGAUCUUGAGGAGGAAAGCUCAGAUGAUUCUUUUAAGGAGCUUUCUAGCGACGAAGAAGAAGGUCUAAGUUGGGAUGAGCUCGAAAAACAGGCAAUAAAAGAGGACAGGAAAAGAGGAAGAGAACACGAGGAGGAUAGAAGAGGUGGCGAGGCUCGUUAUUCGAGAAAAAGACGUUAG